AUAUUUACCUUUGUAGUUAGGUGGAUCACCAUUGACCAUUUAAUGAUAAAGAAUUAUAUAAGUGGUCAUUUAUUCAAUUUUUAUAAGAAAUCUACUGAUUCUUUUUUUUUUUUUUGGGAAUUUCAAAAUGGCGGAUGAUCUGUAACUUCCGUUUCCGAGGAUGCUGGAAAAUUUCUAAAAUUUAUUUUAUUAUUCUCAAUUUGUAAAUUUAAACUGUGGGAUGACUCUUUAUUUUUACAAAAUGUUGUGGUAAUACUUACGAUUUGAUAUAUUGACAAUAUUUAAAUUAUGACAAGAAGAGGAAACUAGUUCUUCCAAUCACAGCAGCCGAGUGACGUAAUAUUUCCAGACAGUACCGGAUUUCCGCGCAUUUUCAAAAUUCCGCUAAGAUUCAGCCGACUGCAACGACUACACAUUUUGUAAAAUUAAAUCUUCACUACUGACGAAAUAAAAAUGAAACUUUUUGGUUUAUUUGUAUGGAUAAACGACACUCCAAUCACAGGAACAGUAUUGUCUUUGAGUAAUAUUGUGGAGCCGAGAAAGGAGCUGACUGACUACAAAGUUGGCGAUUUGGUUUCUGUGCGGUUUUCGAAAUUUGGAAUUCCGAAAGGAAUUAUUGGGACGAUUGGCGAUGAAAGCAUGAAGAAAGGGAUGCAAGCAAUAAUUGAUGAUCAUACAUCAUUUAUGAAGAUAAUAGAGGAAACUUGUCCAGAGAUAAAUGGCCAGGAAAGAGAACUUAGUACCAACAUCCAGGAGUUGGAAAGUCCUGAAUUGCACAAGGAAAGUGGCAAAAGGAAAGAAAUACCAGUUUCAAAAGGAAAGGAGCCCAAAAAGAAGCCGGUAACAGAAAAGCAGGCAAAAAUCAAUUUGGAGAAGGCUGCAGAGGCCCAGCGUAUGUUUGAGGUGGAGGUGGAGACGGAGAAAAAUCGAGAAACAUAUAAUAAAGAUUCUGAUGAUACAAGCUCGGUUUUCACAUCUGCAUUUAAUGUAUUAAAUGCAGAUAAUGCAAUAAUUGAAGAUAAUUCCCCACAACCAGUACAUCAUACCAGUCCGUCAAUUGAUCAAACCAGAGUCCAACAUCUGGAAGGGAAAGUGAACUGGCUGGAGAUGCAGCUUAACCAGGCUUGGGGCUGCAUAUAUGAAUUGCAAAGAAAUGUGCAAUGGUUAAGUCAAUCUUGCAAUCAGAACCAAGCAGUUGCCAGUACCCAUGCAGUUGCCAGUCAAUCAACUCCGGGAAAUGAAGAUGUGGAUGUUGUAAAGGUUAAUCCAGAGAGCACAGAUGCCAGCAGUCAGGAAGAAAGCUCUACAGUUGAUCUUCCUUCAGACACCUUGUACAACAAUUACACAAAGGUACUUAUGAUUAUUGAAGCACUAAUAUCCAUAUAGAACUUGAUUAAAUUUAAAUUGACUGUGAAUUCAAUAUUAAUUGACAGUGAAUUCUAUAUCAAGUCAGUUAUUUGUUUAAUUUACUUACUGAACUUCUCAGU